AUGCUUCAGUCCAAAGCAGUUGCUGUCUGUCUGAUUCUUCUCCUUGGCAGUACACUGACUGAAAUUGGUGCUAAAGCCAUCUCAAAGAGGCAUGUCCGUCGUGACUGGUUGAUCUUGCCCGAUGCAAUUGCAUUUUAUGUGUAUAAGGCUGUGGACACAGUGUCCCCUAAAACUGCAGAGGUGCUGGCAAAAGCUGUUCAGACUCCGUUAAUUCUUGAUUCCAGGAACUUCCUGAUACAGACCACAGCUCAAAUCACUGUGAAAGCUGAAGAAGCGUGGGCAAAAGUGGUGGAGAAAGUGUCUGGCUUCUGGCAGCAGCCAAAGAAAGAACCAGAGCAGCAAUAA